GAAGCCGGUGAUGCAGCGGAAGAAAAAGGGCUCCUGGUUUCCGUGACUGAGACAUUUGGUUUGUUUAUUAGGAGUGUAGAUUACAAACAGAACUGACAAGAUGCCGCCGUGUGUGACUCUGGAGACUCGGAUUUCCUGUGUGAUGGAGAGUUUGAGCCGAGCGGCGGUGGCGGAGAUCUGUAAACUGAUCAGCAGCGAGUGUGUGGAGAUGCGGUUAGAGAUCCGCAGGGGCCGGAAGGAGAUCGAAGCCCUGAAGGGGAAAAUACGGGAUCUGAAGAGAGAAGCGCAAAAUCCUUCUGUGGUCGCAGUGUCUUUAACUGAGAAUCAGCAAGAUGGAGAUAACAGAGUUGAUGAUCCCACCACAGCGCCUGAUUGCCCGAAUGAAGAAAAGGAUAAGAAAACAAACACUCCAACACCAAUGAAGAACUUGCAGGAGAAUGAGGUUCAAAGAAGCAGGGAUUCUCUUCUGAACUCCACGGGUAAACGGAAUCAGACGAGUAGAUUUUCCCCAUCUGAAAGUGGAGUUUCUCUGAAGGAGUCCCAAAUCCUCAUGGACUCCUUGGCCACUGAAGCUGGAGCCGACGUAAGAGGACUCAACACUGCGGCUAUAAAGGUGGAGAGUGCGAGUCCACCUGUGUCCACAGCCCAGUGUGUCUCUGAGGUCUUUCAAGCUGACCAUGAGCAAUGUACAAACACACACAGCCGUACAGUAGGAGAGAACAGUAAUCACUUUGGCUCUGCAGAAGAGCUUUGGCCCCAGUCUCAUUCUUCACCACAUUUGCAGAACAAACGUCUCUCUGAAGAAGAAUCAAAGUACAAAUACGAGACGGACUUUAAUCAUAUAAACGGGCAGAGGAGCAAUGACAGGAACCCUAAUCAGUUGCUUCUAAAAGCUGAGGAGAACGAAGAGCCUUUAACAAAUACAACAAGUGAACUGGCACUAUGUGAAAUGAUGGACAGCGAGGCGUUGUCAUGGCCGUCUUUGACUCCAGUGAACUAUCCGGUAAGUGGUGGAGGUCCAGGCUGCUCGUCUAUGCUGCAACAGGGUGUACAUGCUACCCAUCCUGAACAGGCUGCAUUUCACAUCGGUAUGACUGGUGAGAUUGCGUAUACAGUUGAGCCUGAAGCAACACCGGUAGGAAGAAGAAAUAUACAGGACAUGAUUCCAACCACAGUGCUUGGACAGAACUCCACAGUGUCCACAAUGCAGCCAGCAGCGAAGGUUUUGCCGAUAGCUGACGUACAGCAUAAGCUGUUCUCCUGCUCUUUCUGUCCUAAGAGUUUCCAGAGUGGUGCUGAUCUGAAGAGACAUCAGCGCAUUCAUACAGGCGAGAAGCCGUAUGGUUGCGCCGUGUGUGGGAAGCGCUUCUCCCUCAGGGGGAACCUCGUCACCCAUGAGAGAGCACACAGUGGCAGUAAGCCCUUUAUUUGUCGCCAUUGUGGGAGAGCCUUUGCCCAUGGCUCCAACUUAAGGGCCCAUCAGCGCGUCCAUACUGGAGAAAGGCCUUUUCACUGCUCUCUGUGUGACAAGACGUUUGCUUGGUACCACCCUUUCAAAAGACACCUCAGCCUGCACUUUCUGAGUGGUCAAAACUCCUGAUUUGUGUUCCUGUAACAUUUUCAAGACCAGCUUUUGUCUUGCAAACCACCACAGGCUUUCAGACAAAAAUGAACACUGAGUAUAGUCUGUACCUCAGUGUAUGUGACUGUGGUUGUGUUUUAAAUGGGAAGUCCAAAUAAUGUGCUAUAAAAGGCCUCGAAUGAGUUUCGUAGCUUGUUAGAAAACACUGUCAUAAAUUAACUAACCUAAUAAACAUAAUGCUUAAUAAUAUAUAUAUUUUUUGUCUGAGUUCAUGCAAAGGAAAAAUCCAUCCCGGUGUUCCCAGAAAGCCGAAAAAUUGCUCAAGAAAUUUUGCUAGUCUUACAAUAGUCUUGAGAGCCUUAAAGACAUUUCAUGACAUUCAAACACAUCCAAGAUUUAUUGGUUGUUUUUUUUUUUUGCAUUGUAAAUGUCCUACAUUGAGGAAAGCACAUUGCCACUGCCAUCUUGCACUUUGUAUGUUCGCUUGCUGUAGUUUGUGGGGUGCUUUAACCUCAAAGCUGUUUACACGUUCUCAACUUUUUAACCGUGGAAGCGGACAUUCGGGAAUUCUUCUUCCUAGGCACUUCCUUACGGUUGCUUAUAUGACCGUUGGAGCUUCUCACACACACAGGAGACAAUCAGAAUUCAGAGGCUAAUCAUUUCCAUUGUCAGUGUCCAAUUCAUAUUCAUACAUGUAUUAUAUUUAACAGUUAUUCCAUGAAAUCGAGUCGUACAUGAGCUGAUAGCUGAUGAAAUACGUAGCACCGAGUUGGCAAUAAGCCAGGUAUGACGAGAUUGAGUGGAAUGACACUUUUAUUCUAUCCACAUUCACUGGAUUUUGAGAAACAGGGCAUUUUUAUUUUUUGCAAAUUCGAUAAAUAAAAACUUUAGACAAAAUAAUUUCUGCUUAGAAUUUAAACAAACCGGCGAAAUGACAGGAGCAAUUUAUGAAAAAUGCUAUAAUAAUUCUUGAAAAAUAAAAAAGAUACUUUUUAUUCCAUAUUUUAUUUUUAUUUUCUUAUGUUUUGGGGUUUUGUUUUUGAGUAGAGUUUUUAUUUCAUCCUCAGUUGAGUCAGAAAAACGCUCUGCCAUUUUGUUGUUGUUCUUUAAGGUUUUUGGAGGUUGGCAAACCAACUUAAAGUUGCAUUAUUGCCACCGACUGGGCUGGAGUGUAGAACAGAUGCUAAUGGGGGCGGCUAUAUUCUUUCAGGUACAAUAAAAACCAAAAUGGCGGGGGAUGUCGUGGCUCAGGUGGAUAAGGCGCCAUACCAUAAAUCCGGGGACCCGGGUUCGAUUCCGGCCCGAGGUCAUUUCCCAAUCCCUCCCCGUCUCUCUCUCCCGCUCAUUUCCUGUCCUUACACUGUCCUAUCCAAUAAUAAAGGUGAAAAAAAGCCCCAAAAAAUCUUAUUAAAAAACCCCCCAAAAUGGCGGCUUUGUUAUCUACUCGCGGUAUAUGAGCUGAUAUCCUAGUAGUAGAGUAGCCAAUCAGAGCGCACGAUUGCUCGUAUCCAGUGAAUGUGGAUGGAAUAAAAAUAAAUAGGCAAACAAAAAUAUAACACUCUCACACACACACUUUUUGUACAUAGUUUAUUUGUGUGUUUCUCCAGGUUACUUUUUUUUUGGGGGGGGGGUGUCUUUAAAGCAUGUGUUCUGUGAAGCAUCUCUAGGUGGAGACAUUUCACUGGAUAUUAAAAAAAACCCUUCAAAAUUGGUUUGAAAAUGUUACAUGUACAAGGUUUAUUCAUGUUUAAUAUUAUUAAAACUAAUGCUCCUAAUA